CUGAGCUGAGGAGCUGGCAGUUUGCAUUACGUGAAUCGCGGACUCGAAGUUGGUGGCUGCUGCUCCGAUAUUUCCUGUGAGCCGCACAGACAAGAGCCGAGCCGAGGCGAGGGCGGAGGAGGCGAGGAGAGGGAUGGCAGAGAACAGCUCCGAGACGAGCGGUCCCGUUCACCGCAGAUGUUUGGCCCAUUCUCCGGCGGAGCGAAACGUUUCGGCUGGGGUCGGGGCAUCGAAAUGGAUUCGACUAAAUGUCGGGGGGACCUACUUUUUAACAACGAGACAGACGCUGUGUCGAGACCCAAAAUCAUUUCUGUACAGACUGAGCCAAGCUGACCCCGAGCUCGACUCUGACAAGGAUGAAACUGGUGCCUAUCUCAUAGACAGAGACCCCACGUACUUCGGGCCAGUGCUUAACUACUUAAGGCAUGGCAAACUGGUGCUCAACAGGGACUUAGCAGAGGAAGGUGUGUUAGAAGAAGCCGAAUUCUACAACAUCACAUCAUUAAUAAAGCUCAUCAAGGACAAGAUCAGGGAACGCGAUUGCAAAACAUCACAGGUUCCAGUAAAGCAUGUUUACCGGGUGCUGCAGUGCCAGGAGGAGGAGCUCACUCAAAUGGUGUCGACCAUGUCUGACGGCUGGAAGUUUGAACAGCUCGUCAGCAUCGGCUCCUCCUACAACUAUGGAAACGAAGAUCAAGCCGAGUUCCUGUGCGUAGUCUCCAAGGAGUUGCUCAAUCAAUCAUACGGGACAAACAGUGAGCCCAGUGAGAAGGCUAAGAUUCUUCAGGAAAGGGGUUCCCGGAUGUGAAAAGGACUCAGUAUUAUGAGCUCCAGGUGUUAUGAUGCAAACAUAUCAUCUAUGUGGAAGAACGUUUGGCACAAUGGAGAUUUAAAGAGGGGGAUGUGCAUUUACUUUGUGUUUUCCCUCCACUUUUUUUUUUAUUUCUUGAUGUAAAUAAGUCUGUUUACUGACAAUUUGUGCCUGUACAUUUAAACUGGACCUUUUUAUUAAAUUAGCGGCAAGUUUUUUUUUUUUUAUUUUAUUAACUGAAAGUAAAGAAUUGUAAUCUACAAAUGUUUUAUGCUAUAACAAAUGGCCAUCAUCAUAUAAGGCCAAUGAUUCACUCAGGGUCAUCUAUUGAGUUAACUCUUAUAUCCUCCAACUCAAGGGUUUAGCAAGGGAUUGGUAUGGUCUUUAUAACUUCGAGUAUCAAACAGAAAAAUCAUUGUUUUAGAGAUUUUUAAGAAGGGAAUUGUUGUAUUUACUCAUCACAUGCGAGUGAGGCUGUUUAACAUGAAAUUCACCCCCCAAAAAAGCAAAGAAUUAUUUAAAAACCCAAAGACUUCAGGUUUACUGAGAUUUGUGAUCAUGAGGAUCUCAAAUGUACAUUUUUUUCAGAUGUUUUAGGAAUUUGAUUGUAACUUUUUUUCCCAGUAAUAUUAAAAGUUCACCAAGUUUGACUGUAGAUAAAGGGGCAUUAAGUAAGCGGAUGUGGGGGGUUUUUUGGUUAUGAGAUAAUGACCUGUAGUAAACAGAUUUUUAACAUGAAUCAAACCAACUUAUGAUGCAGAAAUGGCUGCCUAAUAUGGCAAUGUUGCAAAGCAAUAUACUUUUUUUUAACUUCAGGUAAUAG